UUUAUUUUCACCAUGAAAUACUUUAUCUGUCUCUUCUUUCUUUUCGUGUUGAUUUCCAGCAAUUUGGCUCAGUUUGGUGACAUAAAACCUUGCGUUAUAUGUGACGAGCAUUGGUUUCUUGUACCAACUAAUUGGGAGAACAUGUCCAAGUAUUUGCGUGGAGGAUGCAAUCGCCUUCAUAAAGAUGUCAUUUGGCCAUGUCGAGAUUUGGUUGACUCUAUGAAUCUUUGGGAACAGUACUCAACUCUCUACCCGUACAUUGUCGAGUUACACAAACAAGCAUGCAGAGUUUUUUGCCGCUGA